AUGCCCGCUGCCGAGAGACCGGCUGUCAAAUUUGUGGACCAGAUUAUUCUGGAGCGCCCCAAAGGCGUGUAUACCGGCGAUCGGUGUAUUCACAAGCGCAGUAGGAGUGCGAACGAGAUGAACGGCGAUCCCGUCCGCGAGUACAGCCUCAAGAAGCACAGGCGCGUAGCCUCGCUACAGCCAUACAUCCGCGACGGAAAGUUAUCCGUCGAGGCCAAGGAUUGGACUCCCAGACCACUGGUCGACGGAACCUAUGGAAGUACAGCCAUGAAAGAAUUGUGCGAGGACUUCGGUACGCUCGCCACGGACAUCACCCAGGGGUUCGCAGAAGGUAAGUGA